ACCCAGCAAAAGGGCACCAAAACAACCCCAACAAAAACCAUGGUGUCGCCACCCAUAACUACAGGGACGCGCUCUCCAAGUCCAUUCUCUUCUUCGAAGGGCAACGCUCGGGGAAGCUCCCGCCGAGAGGAUGAGUUGGAGAAGAGACUCUGGGCUCUCUGAUGGGUCCACUAUGCAUGUGGACUUGGUGGGAGGAUACUAUGAUGCAGGGGACAAUGUGAAGUUUGGGUUUCCUAUGGCUUUCACCACAACUAUGUUAUCUUGGAGUGUGUUGGAGUUUGGGGGUUUGAUGAAGGGGGAGAUUGUGAAUGCAAAAGAAGCUAUUCGUUGGGGUACGGAUUAUCUCCUUAAAGCUACUGCGCACCCUGAUACCAUUUAUGUUCAGGUGGGAGAUGCAAACAAGGACCAUGCUUGUUGGGAGAGGCCAGAGGACAUGGACACCCCAAGAACAGUGUUCAAAAUAGAUAGCAGCAGCCCAGGCACAGAAGUAGCUGCUGAAACAGCUGCAGCUUUAGCUUCUGCUUCUCUAGUGUUCAGAAGAUCUGACCCAUCCUACUCUAAACUCCUCCUCAGAAGAGCCAUUAGUGUGUUUGAGUUUGCUGAUAAGCACAGAGGCUCCUACAGUGAUGGGUUGAAUAAUGUUGUGUGCCCUUUCUACUGCUCUUACUCUGGCUACCAGGAUGAACUACUGUGGGGAGCGGCGUGGCUCCACAGGGCCACGAGGGACCCCACAUACCUGAGCUACAUUGAGGUCAACGGUCAAACCCUUGGAGCUGAUGAGACCGACAACACCUUUGGCUGGGACAACAAGCAUGUGGGCGCCAGGAUCCUCCUCUCUAAGGCUUUUCUAGUCCAAAAUGUGAAGUCACUUCAUGACUACAAGGGCCACGCUGAUAACUUCAUCUGCUCCCUCGUUCCGGGCACCUCUUCCUCUCAAACCCAGUACACUCCAGGAGGGCUACUAUUUAAGAUGAGUGACAGUAACAUGCAAUACGUGACCUCCACCUCCUUCCUCCUCCUGACAUACGCCAAGUACCUCUCCUUCUCCAAACAAACCGUCUCCUGCGGCGGCGUCUCCGUCACCCCGCAAAAGCUCCGCUCUAUCGCUAAGCGCCAGGUGGACUAUUUGCUAGGGGAGAACCCCAUGGGAAUAUCGUACAUGGUCGGGUACGGUGCCCACUUCCCGGAGAGGGUGCACCACCGGGGCUCAUCGCUACCGUCGGUGGCGUCGCACCCGGCCCCGAUCGGAUGCUCUACAGGAUUCGCCGUGCUCGGCUCAUCGGCGCCCAACCCGAACCUCCUCAUAGGCGCCGUCGUCGGCGGUCCCGACGCCAUCGACCGCUUCCCCGACCAACGCUCUGACUACGAGCACUCCGAACCCGCCACCUACAUCAACGCCCCCCUCGUCGGCGCCCUCGCCUACCUCGCCCACUCCUAUGGCCAACUCUAAUUAGUUUAAGCAUAGUUACUAGUAACUAAUUAAUUACGGUUAUGGGAGGUUUAGUUAAUCGGUCGUUUUAGUUAGUUAAGGACCCCAGUGCGGCUAAGGAACGCACGGGAGGGUCUUGGUUAGUUUAAGGUAGGGUUUAGUUGUGGUUUGUGUGGUGUGAUGUGCUUGGAGAUUGGUGCGAGCUUUGAACGGUGUACCAUGCAAGGGAAAGUUUGACUCUUGCGUUGGGUUGUGUGUGGGGGAGCUGUAAUUUGUCUCUAGUGUGUUAACGCGAGUAGUAAUAGAGCUUCGUCUCUUGUGUACUUGUGUUUA